GUGACGUGCUCACCCUCGCACUCGGACGGAUUGUUUUGAGCCUCAGUCAACUUCCCUCUCCCCUCUUGGCACUCCAAUUGCUCUCUCUCCUUGCCGUGCAGCCCGAACAUUGAUCCAUCCUUUCUUCAUCCGACCCCCCACUACCCAAAGACUCCGACCGGGUUCUGUGUAACCCUGUAUACAACCAUGGGCACGUCGACGAUCCAUCCGUCGCAAAGGCGGCUGUCCUGCGAUGUCUGCCGGCGGCACAAGACGAGAUGUUUACGGAUCAAGCAGGACGACCCAAAAUGUGCGCGCUGCACUAUGCUCGACGAAGAAUGCAAUGUUGGCGGGCCAAAAAAAGGUUGGGAGACCGAGGAAGUUAGACUCAGCUCGUGCAGACAAGGAGUCGACUGAGCAGCCCCGAGCGAAGCCAGUUCGCUCGCAGAAGAGCAGACGACUGCAAGGAGACCGCAGAGCGUCCCAAGCCCUACGAGCGUGUCGCCAGAAUCGGAUAUCUUCCUAGAGAGCAUGAUGCUCUCACCAAUAACUAUACCAACAACUAUACCAACAACCACCAUCUCUAUAGCGGCGCCGCCGGUUGAAACCACCACAAACGUUGUCUUUGCCCUCGAGUCAACGUGGCCCACUCCUGCGACAGCUGACCUGCAAACUUGGUCACUCCCUGUCCCAGAGCGACUACCGUUAAAGAUCUCAAGUUGCUUCAAGCAUAGCUCCGCCUUUGCCGACUACGACUGGAACAUAGACGACAACGACGUACUAAGGAUAAAGUCAAGUCAGCUCAGCCUCACUGACACAUGCUCCGACCCAGCUCGCCUGGUGAUACCGGAGCUGGGUUCCCCUAUGGGCAGUAUCGAGCUCUCUGACGCCUUAUCGAAGCUAUCGAAGCUGAACAACGACUUACACGUCCGUAUGGCAGCCAUUGAAACGCAUCAGUCCGUUACAACCCUGAGCAGCAUCCUCUUCCGCGAGGGGCCGCUAUUCAUCGAUAAUCUCACCCUCGGAGAGUUCACGUUGAGCUCGACUCAGGAUCUCUUCCAGGUACUAUCGCGGCUUCUCAAUAACCGAAACUGCCAUACACCACUCGAAAGUGCGCACAUGCUCGAUAUUAUAAACCUGUCAGGCCUGGACGGCCAGUCUUCGUCGCCGCAUUCUUACGGAGGCGGACACAAUGGACCAAGUCCAAACCUUGCACCCCCCUUCCCAUCCGCCUCUCAGCCGUUGCUGGCUCCUCUUGUGUUGACCAUCACAGCCGUCUUCACCCAGCUCAUAUCCCUCUAUGAGGUUCUCCUCAAGCACAUGAUCCUCUGGCUCGAGAACAUCCCCGCCGAACCCUUCGGACCCAUCUCGGGACUUCGAAUCGGCGACGUGUCGCCGCAGGAUCUCUGCGCGCAGGGAAUCCGCUUUUCCAACGCCUCGCUCAACUUCCUGGAGAGAAUCGAGCAGAUCCUCGGCCUUAACGGACUGCCUGAGUGGGGAGGACCGGGCUUGCUGUCCAUGCAGCAGAUUGAUCUGCUCUGGAGCGUGUUGGACGGUGGCGAGGGUAUUGCUCCGGGCCACGGCUUCAUGCGGCCGGCGUAUGUGAAGAGGUCACUCUGGAAGGCUUUGUCAGUCAUGAGUCGAGUCGUGUCUCCGUAAAUGGCUCCGGUAGGCGAGAUGAGACAAACCAUUGUAAUACAUAUCAUGUACAAUAGAGAAGGUCAUGAUGAUAUCAAGACAAGAAUCAGAUAAAGAAGUAAAAUACCUUUUGAGUGCGCC